CAAGCCACUCCUGCUGAAUCGGUGUGAGUGAGUGUGUAUGAGCGUGUGCGUGUGUGUGUGUGGGGCGUUCACUCUUUCUCCUGCCACAGUAGCAACACAUUGCAGCAGCGUCGCCCCGAACAAAAGGCUAAACGCAGCAGAGCCGCAGGAGGGGAAACUCAGGGAUAGAAGCAGGCAGAGUAGCCCAGCGUGACUGCACUUCUCAGGGAGGAACUCAACCUGCCAUUUAGCCCUCCUGGCCCUGGAGUGGAGACAGGACGGUACACUAGACCAGCCCACGCUGCCUGUCUGUCUCUCUGUCAGUGCUGAGGAGCACACCCUGUUACUGACAGCUCUGUCUGUCAUUCAUACACCCCAGUCUCUGUCAUCCUUUACUGAGAUUCCUGCACCUGCCCUUCUUCACCUGGGCGUCCUUCCUGUUCAUCCACCUGUCCUCCGAGAUGUCAGACGAUGACUGCCGCUCGCCCAUCGGCCUGGACUGCUGCAGUUGCUGCCUGGACCUGGCCAACGGCGGUGACGACUCCAUGUCUGGCAGUCCGGCUCAGGGCCUCGGUACUACGGGGGGCCUGCCGGGAAGCCCCACCAGCCCCAGUGUCAAUCACUUCCGCCAGCUCCGUAACCAGCUGAUGUACCAGAACCUGAACACGGACAAGCUGAACAACAUCAUGAGGCAGGACUCCCUGGAGUCAGUUGUGAGAGACCCCUGCUUCCUUCUCAAUGAAGGGAUCUGCAACAGCAACAUUGACCAGACCAUGCUGUCUAUACUGCUCUUCUUCCACAGUGCCUCUGGUGCUAGCGUUGUGGCCAUCGACAACAAGAUUGAACAGGCGAUGGAUCUGGUCAAGAACCACCUGAUGUAUGCUGUGCGUGAGGAGGUGGAGAUCCUCAAAGAGCAGAUCAAAGAGCUGGCGGAGAAGAACAACCAGCUCGAGAGGGAGAACUACCUGCUGAAGAACUUGGCCAGUCCAGAACAGCUGGAGAAGUUCCAGUCUCGCAUCCCGACAGAUGUGCUGUUACCCCUGGAUAAUCAGAGUGCCCAGGUGACCCCGGACCAGCAGCAACAGCAGCAGCAGAAGACCUGCAACCUCAGCACUGGCUCUGCUGUAUAAGUGGCUCUGCCUUGGGGCGGGCAGAGCCACUGUCUCCUUACAGUAAUGGACCUCCAUUUGAAUGAAAGUAUUACAAAAUCGCCGCUGAGAUCCCUUCGAAAUAAUGAAGGCGAAGCAUCAGGGCUGUAAAUGAUCGAUGGGACACAAAAGAACUGCUGACACUGAUAAGCACAAAACAGAACUUAAGAUGCUCUGACCGGUGCGGUGUCAGGCCCGUCCUCUGAUACCGUCCAACUCUUUGUCGUAGUCUCUCUUUGUAGACAAAAGCGCUAAGAAUAGAGAGAGGGCUGACUAGUCACCGACGAGCGCUUGCUUACAGACAGAGGGGUGGGGUGGGGGGCUUUCCCUGCCUAGCCAAACCCUUCCAACAAACACCCUUUGCCCAAGAGAGGGGCGGGUGAGGAGGUGUUGAUCGGGCUGGCCCUGCAGGUGCUAACUUGGAAAGUGUGCGGGGGAAGUUUGCUCCCUGCUCGCCCAGAGGAGACCCAUCCGAGACGGUCCUCCAAGUCUCAACCAGAAAAGCCCCAUCGUGCAGAAUUGUCCGGUCACAAAAUACAAGUUUCAAGGACUCCCAGCCACACGUUUCAGCCACAUAACGAAGACUUUUCCUGUACCUACGAUGUAUUACUCAUGUGUUCAUAUACAUUUGUUCAUGCAUAACACGAAUAAUCAACAGGAUAAGCUAAAGGCAAGAGAGGUGGAGGUUAAUGCAGUAUAGCCUAUUAGAGCUGGUGGACCGCUGCAGUAGACUGAUCAGUAUACUGUAAUGAUUCAGAUAAUGUAAUCCUGUAUUGUCUGCAGUUGGGGCUUGCUGCUUUUGGGGGAAAUUAAUCCUGCUAUAUCUUCUGUUUUUGUGAUUCUGAACAAAAAUCAGUCGUUGUAAAAUAGGAGCAUUGUACAGUGGUCUUAAAAGAUUUUGUUUGUAUGCUGGGGCGUCAGGCAUAUCUGCGCACCUAGUUUGCCUAGCUCUUCACAUUAAAGGAAAACUACAAUGUACAUAACAGUCAAAAACGUCCUGAGGUAAAGGCAGUGGAGAUGAGUGAGCAAUCAGACCCCCUGCAUUUCUCGCUGCACAUGCACUCCUGAUUUUUAGCAGCGUCGUCCAGUAUCUGGUCCGUUUUUAAAUGCUCAGAUGCCAACUUGAAAAACGAUGGCAUGACAACAGUGCCUGUCCGUAGUAAGAGAGGAACACGUUUCCACUCUGUUGUUGUUGUUUUCUAGCUACCAAAGAUUUCGCCUUUUUUUUUUUGUUUGUUUUUUGUUUUCAACAACAACAGGAGUCGAGCAAACCAGGACCAUGUGUAAAACUUCACAGGGAGAAGUCUUGUUUGUAGCUAGUGCUAAAGUUUCUAUGUGUUUUGUAAAGAUAACGGUAUUGUUGCUGUACAGUAUCCUGGAAACGGUUGUUCACUAUGGUGUUUGGAUACGACUGCACAUUUGCAAUAAACCUUAUGUUUACAUAAUACAAUACAUUGACAUACUUGUUUUUUGUUCAUUCCAUGCACAACACAGACAUACAGACGGUUAACACUUAAAGGAAGAACCAACAUAAGGUGUUUGGUCUAUUGGUCUAUUCUACAAGUCUCUAGAACUCUACUGGAGGGAUGAACAGCAUUCUUUCAAAAGAUAUUCCCUCAUUUGGUGUUUUGAUGAUAAUGGUGGAGAGUGCUGUCUAACAUGUUGCUCCAAAAUCUCCCAUAGUUGUUCAAUUGGGUUGAGAUCUUGUGACUGCAAAUGCCAUAGCAUACAAUUUCCAUUUUCAUACUCAUCAAAACAGUCAGUGACACCCUAAUGCCCAAUGGAUGGGGGCAUUGUCAUCUUGUUUCUCCACUCAUUUUCCAGGAUUUUACUUUAAUUAGUCACCCGUCUGUACAUAAAAACCACUGUCUCAGGAGUUUGAACCAAUAAAAAGAGAUUCAUUAUUUAGAAUUUGACACCUAUGGGCACCCAUCAGAGAAAGACUACUGGAAGGAAAAAUUCAUUCAAAUACAGUAUCUGGGUGUGUCAGAAACAAGUUAUUUGUUAAGAAUGAGUAAUGAAUGUAGAGUUACAUAUGUAAUGUGUAUAUACUAAAUUGUUGCUGCUUAAUUUUCCCAAUGCCUAAGGCACUAACACACUGCAGUUGAAGGGGAAUACCACAGAAAUCAGAGUGGGCCAAAUUUGGAGUUUUUUUUCCCCUUACGGUCGUGUUUUGAAGGUUAUAUAUUCUAUGUAAUGGAGACAUUUAUUCAGUGGAAACCCAGUCAGGGAAGACAGAUGAGAUGUCUGUAACAACACCCUGGAUGAUUUCAUUUUCUGAAGUUGGAGCAACUCCAUCACAACACUUAUUCGCAUGUAUGCUGAUUUCUGUGCGGCUUUGUGAGCCUUGUUUAUGUUUACGAGGUCGGUCUGACAGGCAUGUGAUUUGUCAAAUUCAGCACAAUGUUGCAGUGAGCCCACUUCAGACAAAGCUACUUUUAAUUUGGCAUGUUGGCUCCUCAGACGUAGGAAAGACAAAUCUCAUUGUUAGGAAGUAAAAAUUCAAUGUUAGUAAGUACACAAACUUUUUUUUAUUUUCCAAAAGUUUAAAAACAGGGUGACCACUAAUGAUAGUGAAGUAAUAAUAGCUGGUUGCCAGUGGAUUGGAAUCUGCCAGAGAAAAACAGUUUGUCCUAGUAGCGUUUCCCUUCAGACAGAUUGGCAGCCAGUCAGUGCAGCCUGUGUGUAACUAGAUAUGAUGUGGCUUCCCUGGUGCGUAGACCAGGCUCACAUCCAUCUAUCGUUGAGAGGAGAGAGAGACUCAGCUCUGGCCCAGAACCACCGCCACAGAUCAAAUAGCACUAGAGUAAACACAGUGUCUUCCCCAUUGCUCUCUUUUACACAUGAAACUGUGGUGUCUCCUGGUGCUCUGUGUCAAAACAACUGAUUCUAUGUGAAACCGAUGGUCCCGAUCGAUGCUGCCUGUCUGAAAUGCAUUCUGCAUUUAAUUAGAGGCUGGAGGGAUGCGUAGCGUUAUCGACUGAAGAGGACAUUUGUUUAAUGUAAUGUAAAGAGGAGAGGGACAGGUGUUUAUUGGCUCUUUUGCACAAGAUAAUUAGAGACAGUCUUUAUGCUUCCUUCCCAGACACCUGAACGCUUCGUGCAUGUCAAUGGAAAGAGGCUGCAGGGUCAGCUACUGCAGCUCAAUCAUACUUGUGCUAAUGGCUAAUGCAGCCGCAAACACUGGAAAAAAAUCAUCUGCCGGUGCAGCUAGUUUGCCAAAGACUAGAGGCUCACAAAAAGUCUGAAGACAAUUAGGACUUUGGCUUGAUUUACUGUUUUCAUUUAAGACUCUCUCUCUGUCAUUCUAUUUUGGGACCGGUUAAGCAACACUAUGUUCUAGAAUUACAACAGUGCAUGUGGCUUUUUAUUUGAAAUGGAUUCGCCAUAAAUCUCCAGUUCGCAACUUUAGGCAAAUCAGGAAAUUACCUCUGAAGACAUAUUUGACUUUUUUGCCAACAUGAUGUUUGCUGUUUAGGCUUGUUCACUGGCCUUUUGUUUAUUUGUUCCCUACAGUUACCCCUGAAAAAAUGCGUGCAAAAUGAGGGUUGAGUUUUUGCACUGUGACCAUAGAGUGUACAUGAUCUGGUUUCACUGUUGUGUCACCGUAACAUGUCUGGGUGGAUGUAACAAGUGUAUGAAUAAAGCAUGGAAUAUGUCA